AUGGAAGCAUCACUAAGGAUUGUAAAGUAUAUCAAGAAGCAACCUGGUCAAAGAAUCCUACUUUCAAAUAACUCUAAAAAUGAGGUUACUGCAUUUUGUGAUGUAGAUUGGGAAACAUGUCUUAAUACUAGAAGGUCAGAUAUAGGAUUUAUGAUAAAGUUUGGUAAAUCUCUUGUAUCAUGGAAGUCUAAGAAGAAAACUAUGGUUUCAAGAAAUUCUGUAGAGGAAGAAUACAGAAGCUUAGCUACUACUAUUGCUGAACUGACUUGGCUACUUGGAAUAUUGAAAGAAAUAGGAGUUGAAGUGAUGCAACUUGUAAAGGUAUUUAACGAUAGCAAAUCAGCAUUACAGAUUGCUACAAAUCCAGUAUGCCAUGAGAGAACUAAGCACAUAGAAAUUGAUUGCCAUUUCAUAAGAGAAAAGAUUCAAUAA